ACAAGCUUUCAUCCUGCAAAUAGCAAUGGCGAAAGCAAUAUCAAGAAAUCAAUACAUUCGCUAUCUCUAUCACUCCAUUUCUUCCCAGCAAUGCCGUUCAACCAAGCCUUCAUUUCAUCUUUUCCACAGCCUUUCAAAUGCACCCACCACACCCAAAUCUUUACCCUUUUCUCCAUUGGCUAUGCGUUUGGAUCGAUUGGAAAAUGGGUUCAUUUCUUAUAGGUUUCUGUGCACCUCAAGUUCUAGUAAUCAAUCGAAUUCCGGGUCGGGUGGAUCCUCUGCUGGAGCGAAUUCUGGGUCUGGUGGAUCUUCUACCGGAACUAAUACUGGAAACCGUGAGAGCUCUGGUGGUUCUCAGAAGACUGAACAGGGAAAGUCUAUUCGGGGUAGUCCUGUUUCAUGGAUGAGCUUCUUUCUACUUCUUUGCACUGGAGCAGGAUUGGUUUUCUAUUAUGACAGGGAAAAGAGACGGCAUAUUGAAGAUAUCACCAAUGCUUCAACUUCCGUAAAGCAAGGACCUUCAGUAGGAAAAGCAGCCAUUGGUGGUCCAUUUAGUCUUAUUGACCAUAAUGGAAAACCAGUAACUGAGAAAGACUUCUUUGGCAAGUGGACAGUUGUAUAUUUUGGUUUCACUCACUGUCCAGAUAUAUGUCCGGAUGAGCUACAAAAACUCGCUGCUGCAGUUGAUAAAAUUAAGGAGACGUCUGGAAUUGAAAUAGUACCUGUAUUUAUCUCAGUUGAUCCUGAAAGAGAUACAGUUGAGCAAGUAGGCGAAUAUGUUAAAGAGUUCCACCCAAACUUGAUUGGCCUCACUGCUAGCCCAGAAGAAAUAAAGAAAACAGCACGUGCUUAUCGGGUUUACUAUAUGAAGACAGAAGAAGAAGGCUCAGACUACCUUGUUGAUCACUCUAUAGUCAUGUAUCUUAUGGAUCCUAAGAUGGAAUUUGUGAAGUUUUUUGGGAAGAACAAUGACGUUGACAUGCUUACCGAUGGAAUAAUUAAGGAGAUAAAGCAAUACAAGAAAGUCAAGGCAUAAUACUCUUGGCUCUUC